CCAAACUGAAUAUUCUCUCUGUCGAGUAAACAACACUCUCUUCGUGCUCUCUGUGUUUUGGUUACGAUUUUUUGCGUAUUUUUAUUGCUAUCUUAGUUUACUAUUUACUAUUCAGUUAUUGUUUAAAGUUUAAACAAAUGUUGAUGGCAGUUUCUUUUGUGUGAAUGUGAUUUGUGUAGAAAAGUCCCGCUUUUAAUUGUUUAUAAAUUGAUAAGAACAUUGACGCCCCCGCCACGUCCAUUGUUUUGAAUUUACAUUUACAUGAAUAACGAUAACAAACAUCAAUAAAAUUAUUAACUUUAUGUGUAAACGGCAAAGACAACAACACAAUGGAUAUGAAAUUUUUAAUGAUUUUGAUUUUGGGCUUUGGCUUUAUGUUUGUCUUUACGGCAUUCCAGACAAUGUGUAAUAUAGAGAAAACCAUUUUGGAUAGCAUUGCUCAAGAAGAUGACACAUUUAAAGGAGAAGGCUACACAAGCCUGGCCAUUAUAUAUUUAUUUUUCUCCCUGUCCAAUUGGUUGGCGCCGUCCUUUAUCUCAUUUACCGGACCUCGUGCGGCCAUGGUAGUGGGAGCCUUAACCUAUACUGCGUUUAUGAUUACGUUUAUAUUCCCAUCGACAGUUUUGCUGUAUGUCGGCAGUGCGGUAUUGGGACUGGGAGCAUCGAUUACAUGGACGGGUCAGGGCACGUAUCUGGCACGUUGCAGUAGCUCCGGCACAAUUUCACGGAAUUCGGGCGUGUUUUGGGCUUUGCUGCAGUGCAGCAUGUUCAUUGGCAACCUCUUUGUGUAUUACCAAUUCCAAGAUAAGUCACACAUUGACAAGGAGACGCGUAAUCUGGUGAUUGGUGUGCUAACCAUCAUCGCUGUUUUGGGAAUUGUAUUCCUUGCGGCUUUGCGUUUUAUGGCCGAUAAUGCGGAGCACGAUAAUGAGCUGGAACAGAAGCAUACGGGUUGUGGACAAGCCCUGUAUGCCCUUAAAUCGGCCGGUCAAUUAUUUUGCACUCGAAAAAUGUUACUCCUCAGUUUGGCCUUCUUUUAUACAGGACUGGAACUAUCCUUCUUUAGCGGUGUGUUUGGCUCGGCCAUUGGUUUCACAAAGGAAAUAGCUGAAACCCCCAAAGAGAUUGUCGGUCUUGUGGGCAUUUGCAUUGGCGCUGGUGAGGUCUUCGGCGGCGGACUCUUUGGCAUAUUAGGAAACAAGACGACACGUUUUGGCCGGGAUCCGAUUGUUAUUGCCGGCUAUAUAAUGCAUAUGGUGGCCUAUUUUCUGACCUUUAUCAAUUUGCCGAAUAGUGCUCCAUUUAAAGAUACCACCGAUAUAUCGUACCUAGAUCCACCCAGGGCCAGCAUUGCUCUGGUCUGUGCAUUUCUACUAGGACUUGGAGAUGCUUGUUUUAAUACACAAAUAUAUUCGAUGCUCGGUGGCGAGUAUGUCAAUAAUGCAGUGGGCGCUUUUGCGCUGUUUAAAUUUACCCAGUCGGUGGCGGCGGCAAUUAGCUUCUUCUAUUCGGCGCAUUUUGGACUCUAUAUCCAAUUGGGUAUACUUGUGGUGACCGGAACUAUUGGCACCAUAUCGUUUGUGUUUGUUGAAUGGGCAUUUAAGCGACAGCAUCGUGAACAGGAGGAGGCCCUAGAAAAGUAG